AUGUCCGGAUUACGCCCAUUUCCUCGAAAGACUGCCGUCGCAGUCGCUGUGGUUGGCGUGAUUGGACUAUGCGCAGCUCGAAGAGCCUCAUUCCGCGAUGAAGCCUUUCCAGAGUCUCCAAAGCCAUGUGAGGAAAGUUCCCAAGAAGUGAACGACAACACCAAACGUCUGCGCUUUCAAUUGCCAGACCCAGUAUCAAAUGCUGGCCUGUCAUUGGCUUCAUUCAUUCUCACUUUCCAUAAGCCGCAAGACGCCUGGUUUCCCGUAAUCAGGCCAUAUACACCAAUCAACAAUUUUGAUGAGCCGGGGUACAUUGAGCUGCUGGUCAAAAAAUAUCCCAAUGGCAGAGCAAGCGGAUAUUUGCACUCGCUCCAGCCUGGUGACACACUGAAGAUCCGAGGACCUAUGUCGGGUUACAGAUGGAAAACAAAUGAAUUCGAACAUGUCAAUCUUAUCGCUGGUGGUGCCGGUAUUACUCCCAUGUAUCAACUGAUCCAAGGGAUGCUGAACAACCCCGACGAAAAAAGCAAGAUAAAAUUGAUUUUCGGAGUCAACACCGACAAAGAUCUCGUCAUGAAGAAAGAGCUCGACGCGUUCGAACAGAAGUUUCCCGAUCGUCUUCAAGUUGUUUAUACAGUCUCAGACCCAGUAGAGGGUUCACCGUUCGCCAAGGGGAAGAUCACAAAGGAGUUGUUAGAGAAAGAAUUGAUGGGCCCAAGAGAUAGCAAGACUACCAAAGUCUUUCUUUGCGGGCCUCCCGCUAUGGAAGCGGCUAUUUUUGGAAGUAAAGGUUGGACUUCAAGCCAGAAUGGAGUCCUACAAGAACUUGGUUAUGCCGCGGACCGGAUUCACAAGUUUUAG